CUUCAAAGAGACAGUUCCCGAGACUCGCCACAGUGAACUGACACAUGGAGGUUUUGCCACGUCACCACGCUCUCUUCUUCUUUAGCCCUUAAAUACUCCAGGGUUUCUUAACCUUCUUCGUCAUCCUCUUUGCUACCUUCUGCACCAAAGCCAUCGUUAUUUUACGAAAUUGAAAAACGGAAAGCCUCUUCGCCGGCGGGAAAUUCGCCGGAAAAUUCAACCGGCGCCGGUAAACAUGGAUGUUUCGGCCAUUAAGAACGAUCUCGGGGUCCGAUUGACGUUGCUAUGCCGUCGCUUAUUUGUGAAUUCAGAUCGUACCUGGUGGUAGAAACUAAAAACCCUAACGAGAACCUACUUAAUCACAUAGCUGAGUUUUUUUUUUUUUUCCAUAUGAUGACUGUGUAACAAUAACAAAUAUUAUUCAUAGGAGAAAGAGAAACGAGAAUAGAAAAUUACGAGACUCGCGAUAGUUUUAGCCAGUCUCAAGUUUUGGCAGAAUUUUACUGGUUUUACAUUUUUCACUUUUUUUUGUGUGUAAUUUCUUUCUCGGUCGAUGGUUGUUUCGGUUCCUUCGUCCUCUAAUUUUGAAAUCGAAGGCGAAGAAUCGAGAGAAGUGGUUUUGCCGAGGCUCAGAAGCGUAAUUGGCUGACAGUUUCUUUCUGUGCUCUGAAUUCAAAUUCAAAAUUAAGCUAGAAGAGACGGAGACUGAGAAUUAUUUUGUUUUCGAUGAAAAUUCAGCCGGUCGAUUCUCCGGUACCGGUGGAGGGAGACACUAGUAUUGACUUUGUUGCGAAGCCGAUAGUUAAGUCGAGGUUCAAGCGCCUCUUCGAGAGGAAUUUCGCUGGCGUUCUUAGAAAUUCAGCCGCUGAGAAGAUCGGCGGUGGAAGAUGUGGCGGUGGCGGUGGUGGUGAGGAAGUGCAAUCGUCCGGUAAGGACGGUUUCAACGGCUCCAACGAUUUUGAACCGAGCUCGGCGUGUCUGGCGAAAAUGGUGCAGAGUUUCAUCGAAGGUAAUAAUCUCGAGAAGCACUCCUCCGCUUCCGGUAGGUGCGGGCGUAACCGCUCUAACUGCUUCAACCGCAUCUGCGACGAUAGCUCCGACGACGAAUCAGAUGACUCCAACUGUUCUCCAGGCGAAGUCUCCGAAAUCCUCAAGGGUUUGUCCACUUCGGCGAGCGUUAGCGAGAGAAACCUGCUCGCUGAAACGGCGAAGAUCGUGGAGAAGAACAAGAUCUGCAAAAGCAAAGACGGUUCGUGCAGAAAAAUCGUCACUGAAGAUUUGAUCAAUCUCGGAUACGAUGCCUCCAUUUGCAAAUCUCGCUGGGAGAAAUUCUCAUCUUAUCCCGCUGGGGAGUACGAAUAUAUAGAUGUGAUGAUUGGGAAAGAGCGGUUGAUAGUUGACGUUGAUUUUAGGUCGGAAUUCGAGAUCGCUCGAUCAACAAAAGCUUACAAAGCGAUUCUCCAGAACCUUCCGUACAUAUUCGUCGGAAAGUGCGAGCGGCUUCAGAGGAUCGUGGCGGUGGUUUCGGAGGCGGCGAAGCAGAGUCUGAAGAAGAAAGGGAUGCACGUUCCGCCGUGGCGGAGGGUAGAAUACGUGAGAGCCAAGUGGCUCUCCCCUUACACUCGAAUCACUGGUUCCGUUUCCAAAGAAGAGGGAAAUUGUGCUGUGGAUUCUGGUGCUGAGGGUGAAGAAAAGGAGGAGGAGGAGGAGAAGAAGGAGGAGGAGGUUGUUGAGAUUCAGUUGAAGCCGCCACCGCUGGAGAUGAAGACCAAGGGUUCAACCUCACUUUCUGGUUUAGCAGCGGUUUUUCAUGGUGAUGAUGAUAAGACAUGAUGAAAUUUUUGACAUUUUUUUUGGGUGUUCAAUUUGUUAAUUUGAGGAUUUAAGAACUACUUAUAAAUAUGUAAUUGUAAGUUGUAACAGCUCUCUGUGACUCUCCUAUCCCCUGAUUUUUUAGUACGGGAUGGAUCUUACCAAGUGAUAUGAAUAUAUAACAAAUAAGUUGAGGUAUUGUAGUUUGAAGUUUGAACAUAUGAUGGAUUAUAUCAAAUAAAUAAGUUGAUACUAAAUUUA